AUGGUUUUGGAGCUAGCGAAAUUGGGCUUACUUUUCCUGUUGGUAAAUACCUCAUGGUCAGUUGACCGUUCCAAUUUUAAGUCAUGUGAUCAGAGCUCAUUUUGCACUCGGCAACGACAGUUGAAAGCCGGCACUCAAGUGCAUUGGUUGGAACCGAGCUCUAUUAGGACGGAUACUUAUGGGAUGACUGCAGUUAUUCGAACUGAGGAUCAAAAUCAUUCACUCUUAUUAAACAUUACAUAUCACCAACACUCGACGUUCCACAUCCUCAUCGAUGAGUUGACGGAUGAGUAUAAACGGUUCCGUGUGCCUGCAGGAGAUGUAAUUCUAGAAGAUGUUCAAGAAGCAAAUGUUAAGUCAGUGGUCAGUGACACCUGUGUAGUGUUAGAAGGACAAUUCAAAGAUAAGGCGAUUGUGUAUUACAAUCCUUUUCAUGUUGAUUUUCUGUUGGAUGACAUCGUUGUAGCUUCAGCAAAUAAAAGGAGACUUUUAAAUUUUGAGCACCAGAGAAACAAACCUUUUAUCAAAGAACAAUCAGUGGUUGGGGAAAAUAACGACAUUUCUACUCCUAGCGAAACCCACAACACAGACGCUUCAUCCAUGAUGAGUCCCGACGAUUCUUCGAAUGGUUCAGGAGAUGUGUCUCAAGACUCUAUCACAGUUGAAAAGAAGGCAGACGAACAGCCGCAGUCUGACUCACAACACCCGGUCUCUAAUGGUCCUUCAUGGUCCGAGUACUUUAAACAACAUCUUGAUACGAGACCUCAUGGUUUGAAUUCUGUUUCGAUGGACUUCGACUUCCAAGGGUUCAGUCAUGUUUAUGGUAUCCCGGAACACGCCGAUGGAUUCGUGCUAAAAUCUACAAGCAACGGAGAUCCUUACAGACUUUACAAUCUUGAUGUAUUCGAGUACGAGCUGAAUAAUGGAAUGGCAUUGUACGGUUCUGUUCCUGUUAUGUGGGGACACAAUCAGAAUAACACAGUGGGCGUUUUGUGGCUAAAUCCAUCAGAGACGUGGGUCGAUAUUGAUUACUCCCAUUCACAGAGCACCAGUAUAUUCUCCAGGAUUCCUAACUUCUUUGCGAAAAAGCCAGAGGAAGCUGUAGUGGAAACCAGAUGGAUUUCGGAGUCUGGCUUGGUGGAUUUAUAUGUUUUUAUGGGUCAUACUCCGUCCGAAGUGAUGAAUGCAUAUGCUAACCUAGUUGGGACAACCAAGUUACCGCCGCUGUUUGCCAUAGGUUACCAUCAGUGUCGAUGGAAUUAUAAUGAUGAGGCUGAUGUGCUGUCAGUAGACAAAGAUUUUGAUAAAUAUGAAAUUCCUGUUGAUGUUUUGUGGCUAGAUAUUGAACAUACUGACGGAAAACGUUACUUCACAUGGGAUCGAAAUAAAUUUCCCAAUCCUGGAGAAAUGGUUGAUAAAUUGAAUCUCAAGGGUAGGAAGCUUGUCACGGUUGUUGACCCCCACAUUAAACGUGAUUCAAACUGGCCUUUGUUUAGUAAUGCUCAGAAUAAUGGGAUUUUUGUGAAAACUAGAGACGGUAUUGAGUUCGAUGGCUGGUGUUGGCCUGGUUCCAGUUCAUGGCCUGAUUUUACUGACAAAGCAGUACAACAGUGGUGGUCAAACCUGUUCUUAACUUACGAUCCUAUUCGCAAAGACUCAAUGUUCACGUGGAAUGAUAUGGGUGAACCGUCAGUUUUUAAUGGUCCAGAAGUCACCAUGCAUAAAGAUGCUAAGCAUGCAAACAAUUGGGAACAUCGUGACAUACACAACUUGUAUGGUUUGUAUGUUCAUAGAGCAACAUGGGAUGGACUGGUAUUAAGGUCGAACGGUAUGGAACGUCCUUUUGUACUCUCUCGGGCAUUUUUUGUUGGAUCUCAUCGGACGGCAGCUGUUUGGACUGGAGAUAAUACGGCCGAUUGGGGACAUCUAAAGAUUUCAGUCCCUAUGCUCCUCAGUAUGUCGAUCACAGGUUUGACACUAAGCGGAGCUGACGUUGGAGGUUUUUUUGGCAAUCCGGAUCCCGAAUUAUUGACAAGGUGGUAUCAAGCGGCUGCUUAUCAACCAUUCUUCCGGGCACAUGCCCACAUAGAUACCAAACGUCGUGAACCUUGGUUGGUACCUUCGGAUUAUAUCGAUCCUAUACGAAAGGCUAUACAAGCACGCUACAACCUACUUCCAUACUGGUAUACUACAUUCGCUCGUUCAGAGGCAGAUGGUCAACCAGUUAUGGCCCCAAUGUGGUAUCAUUUUCCAAAAGAUAUCAACACAUUUGACUUGGAUGAACAAUAUAUGGUUGGAGAAGCCUUACUUGUACAUCCCGUCAUUCAACAAAGUGCUAGUUAUGUUCAGGUAUAUUUUCCUAAGGGGAUAUGGUAUCAUAAUCCAUCAUUCGAGAUAUUUGCAGGUGGACAGUUGACACAGUAUCCAGUUACAAUAUCGUCUAUACCUGCUUUCUAUCGAGGUGGUUGGAUUAUACCGCGUAAAGAGCGUAUACGUCGUUCAUCUUGGCUUAUGCGAGAUGAUCCUUACACGUUUGUGGUUUGUUUGGAUCCUCAAGAGCCUAAUGCUGUCGGCUAUAUAUAUUUUGAUGAUUUCCACUCAACUUCGAAGUCAGACGCACAAUUUUUCAAAAUUAUAUACCAGCGAAUUGUUGAUCCAACAGGUGGGAAUAUGCACGGUGGACGAUUACGUUUAUCACGUUUACCACUGCCAGGCGAACGUUCUAUCUCACCGCCUAGAAACGAAAUUCCGAUCCCGAAAAUUGAACGUUUUGUUAUUGUUGGACUAAAUAGCUCAUUGGAAAGAGUUACUGUCAUUGACGGACAUGAGCCACGUAGAAAUUUAGAGUUUACAGUUACUCCAUCGUUCAGUCUUUCUGGUGGUGGUUCUAGGUAUACACCACAAAUUGUUGUUGUUCGUAAACCUGAUCUUCUAGUAAACGAUCAGUGGGAGGUGCAUUUUGUUACCGGUAAAGAAUCAAGAGAUGAUUUGUAA